AUGUCUACUAGAGCUCCGUACGCACUUCGUACUCGCCGCGGACGUGGGGCGGCACCUGCUGCGGCGGCUGCGCCCAUUCCCAUGAGGGCAACCCGUGACAUUCCCCCUCAUCUCGAGGGCGCUCCUCUGGGUUAUGCCACGGACGUGGAAGCAAGAGCCUUGUGCUCCGAUUCCGAGGCUGGAGCACAUCACUCGUAUAGUGACGUGGUCGCUUCUCGUCCUCCCUUGCCUAUCCACUCUGGUAGAGUAGAGGAGACCCCCUCGCCGUCUGCACUGCUGUUGACCGGUGGUCCAGAGGUGGGAGAAAAUGUAGUUGAUCCGAAUACCACUGUUGAUCCUACCGACCAUGAACGUUCCUCAGAGUCUGAGUCGAGCGAUGAUGAGAACCCGAACCCGUGGAUUGAAGUUUCCGGGAAGAGGAAGAAGCAGAAGAGCAAAAAGUCUGCACAUAGGAAGCACUCGCGUGGUUCUCGAACACGGGGUGUUCCGCGUGAUACCACAGUUGACCAAGCCUCGGCCAAUCUCACCCGAGAACAGCACGAGCACCUCAACCACCGAUACAAGAAUAUCCGGCAGGACCUGCCAGCAGGUCGACAUCGUUCCACCUCCUCGUCCUCUGAGUCGUCACGGGGAGAAGGACCUUCGCACAGCAAGGGUAAGGCUGUAGACCCCCGAGAAUGGGGAGGAUUGCGGAUGGACUCCACAGAAAGGGAUCCGGCCCUCCAGCGUGCACUACUUGACUCCAUGCGCACCCCUCGUGGGCGAUCUGUGGUGAUUGUACCACAGCCAACCACCUCAAACACCCAGUCAGCUAGUGCUCGCCAAUCAGCCAAGACGAGCAAGCAACGUGCGCCACAGGCUCGGCGAAACCAUACCAAGAAGUCUGGUGGGCUUGGGAAGGGUCAGCUUCCAGCAGAAGCUCGCCCCACUGCUCAAAUUCCAGCUCGCAGCUACCUGGGAGUCACUCUCAGUCGAGUCGAGAAAAUGGAUGCUCGUAAACGGAAACAUAGACGCAGUCCACCGUCAAGCAGUCCGUCCAGCAAUUCGAGUUUGGGUUCGAGCUCCGAGUCGAGCACCAACUCAGGUUCAUUGUCGGAGACGUCGAGUGGGUCAGUGGAUCUUCGUCGAGUUCCAACUCGAACCGUUGAUGACAUCGCAAACGUCAUGGACGACAUAAGCAUCGUUCUGCUCACUGUCGGCGUGGACAUCGACACUCUCGUCAAUCUCGUCAAUCUCACUGGAAAAGAUAACAAUGCUUACCAACACUUUGUUCGGGAAAGCUCAGCUUAUCUUGAGGAUGCAGGCAUCGAGCCUGAGCGUUAUGCUUUCGCACUAUCCUGUUAUAUGAAGGACAGGGCCUACAAUUUCUAUACACAGAAAGUUUCAAUGAAUGAAGAGGAGUGGAAACUCAAGGACUUCUAUGUUGAACUCUUCAACUUUUGCUUUCCAAUAAACUACCAUCUGGAGAUGCGUAAAAAGCUUGAUCAGACGAAGCAGUAUGGGAAAUCUGUUGUGGAGUUCACUCAUGAUCUCGAGGAACUCUUCAACAUAAUUGGAGAAGUCGGUGAGCGCGAGCAAGUCUUGAAGCUCUGGUUUGGACUUCGGAAAGAUAUCCAAUCUGAACUCUGGAUGUCCGGCUUACAUCCUGACACAUCUUCAUGGGAUGAGGUUCGUGCCCGUGCUGAGGUUGUCGAGAUUGCCAUGAAUGUGUCCUCAACUACUCGCGAUCGAGGCCAGUCCAUGCCAACCAGCAGGCAGCACGAAAACCACCGCUUUCCAAGGCAUCGAGCACCUCAGCCAGCCAAUCCUGGCAACAAUCGGGACUACAGGUCCUCACAGAUUGCACCAAUGAACAACAGGGCCACAUGCCCAGGAGCUCCGUCAGGCUCUCGCCGUGAUCGUCCUCGAGACCGCCCUCGAGACCGCCGCCAAGAUGGCAAGGCUACGAACCAGCUCUCUGAACGGGAGGUGGCUGAACGGAGGGCGGGAAACUGGUGUUUCCAGUGCAACAAGGUUGGCCAUUGGGAACGGAAUUGCCCUCAGGGCAAAACAGUUCAGUCGGGUAGUAAUCACCUGCCGGGUGUUCCGAACUACAACAUAAAUGUUCAGGACACCGGGAAUGACUCGGACCAACCUGUCGAAGUACUAGAGAGCAUGCCUCUUGGGUACAUUGACUUUGAACCUGCCCGACCAUCUGCAGAACCAUGGGAGAUCUGGGAGGUGCCAGAGCCAGACUGGAUAAACGGAGCACUGUCUGCUCCACGAUCACAGAUUGGAGAUGUUUACGCCAUGGUGGCUGAAUAUGUGCUUGGACAAAUGCAACCCUACCCUGAGGACGACCGAUUCUGGUUCGUUGCGCUGCAGAUGGAUUUGGCACAGUGGUUUUCUGUGGCUCGGGUGGGACAUCCUGAUCGCGGAGAAUACCAAAUUGUGGACCAUCUAACCCAGUUUGAUGUAAAGAUCUCAAAGGAGUUACUUAAGCGCCCACGAUUUGAUUUGCCACGCUGGUAUGCGAAAAGGCGCGCUAGGCACCACAACCAGCGUCUCGAGUGGGUACAUUCCCCAGUGGAUUUUUGUAUGGGUGAUGCUACUGCUUUGGUGACUUUACACCUAUUGGAAGAUGGCGCAAACACGUCAUUUCCGAGUGUGCACGCUCUGGACUACUACACUCGGUUCGAGGUUUUACCUCUGGCAGGUUCCUCUGCCGAUUACUAUGCAAUCUGGGACUUUGACCUUCAGGCCGUUACAACGGUGCAUAGGGCUAUGCUCGAAGAUCCAACAUUUGAUUUGGUGGGCUGGUAUUGGGACCAUCUCGACCAGACAGGCCUUUAUGUCCAUGUUCAGACCAAACACACUCUGUGGCUUCAGGACCAAAUCAACGAGCUCCAAAGGGCUGCUGAACCGAUUCCUGAAGAGGAUGAGACUUCAGGCCCUGAGAUAGAGCUCGGCUGCAUGAUUUUUGGUACUGAAACAACAUCCAGCUCGACUAGUACAUCCCUAUCUCAGUUCUCUUUGGUCCAACCACCAGGUGGUUCCGAGACUGAAUACUCGAAUGCUUCGGACGACUCUGGGUCCAUACCAGGUCUUCAAACCAUCUCUGGGAUGUCUGGGUCUGGUAGUACCUUUGAUACUCCUUCCGAGGACUUCCGGGUAUCAGAUAUCGAGGAGGAUCGAGAAAACUCACCUACAAACGAGUUUCCAGGUCAACAACUCGAGCAAGAGCCCAAGAAUAAACCUCCAGUUCGCUCUACGGUUCCUAUGUCAAUUGACAUUGAGCACAUCAAGUCUUUAGACGAUCUGAGCGGGUAUCAGCUUGGAAGACCAUUUCCUGGUGACGAAACACUAGAAACGACGCCUACGUGUUCCAGGUUCCACAUCAACAUAGAGCGACUUGGGAAACAAUUCGCUGUGGAAUGGACGAUCCGCGAUGCGAGUCAUUUCAAGAUCCAUGAUCAUUAUCACCAAGCGACUUCAUAUUUGCCUCGAGACCUGCUUGACAAUCCGGAGUUUAACCUACUCCACUGGUACGAGUUUAGAAUAGCUCAGUUUGAGCUUGAUGGCUUUGAUUUUCUACCUGCAAAACCUCCCCAGAAACGGGUAGAGCAAUUCAAGGAGGCACUCGCAGAAACUGCAGCCAAUGAGGAGCGCUGGCCAGAUGUACUAGAGUACAUCAACGAACUUAUUCGUCACAUGGUGGAUGACUUCAACUCGUUGAAUGUCAAUGCUGUUCAAGUUGAUCGCGGAAAAUUCCCUGCUGUGCAGAGGAAUGUGUCUUCCGUGAAAGAAAAAGGCCGUGUCCUUCUGAAACUGCUCGUCCUGAAGUGUCUCCUCGGGGGCCAUCAGGUACGAGCACUUGUGGAUUCUGGGUCGCAGGGAGAUUUCGUCUCCACAACUCUGGUGGACCAACUGCAGCUCCGAAAGGAGGAAUUGCCUGAUCCGCUGAAGCUCCAGCUUGCUGUUCAAGGAUCAUGCUCGGUUAUCAAAUACUGA